AUGAAGUUCUCGGUCACCCUUGCUACGCUCAUGGUGCUUGCAUCCAGGACAGCUUCCACCCCAGUGGAGGUCGUAGCCCAGGGCGAAUGCGGCCCGAAAUGGGACUGGUGCGACAACCUUGGUGAGAUACGAUGCGAGUGCAAUGGUGGACAUCGGUUGAAAUGCACGCAGAUCUGGCUGGAUUCGGGUGUCAGUAAGUCUUCCAUCUUCGAGGGGCGGAGAAAGGUGCAAAGUCUGCGGGACAAGUAG